AUGUAUCAAACAUAUUGCUUUGUGAGGGGCCUAGAGAUCCCCAGCCUGGACUCUGAUAUUGCUUUGUUCUGUGAAACCUUCUAUUUCCUUGCAGAUGGGAAGGACUUGUUUGUGAGUAAGGCGGUGCAGCAGGCCUAUCUGGAGGUGACGGAAGAGGGGGCUGAGGGAGCAGCGGGCUCAGGAAUGAUUGCCCUGACGCGGACCUUGGUAUUGUAUCCACAAGUGAUGGCAGAUCACCCUUUCUUCUUUGUCAUCAGAAACAGGCAGACAGGCUGCAAGAAAUCAUGGAGGAGCACACUGAAGCGCACGCUUACAAACCACUGCUUAGUCAAGAGUCCCUAA